CGCGGCGCCAGCGGCUCCCUGGGUUGGACAAGUGGCGGGCAGGGAGCCAGCCUCGCCCAAGUUAUUAAUCAGGGGCCGGGCGGCGGCGGCUGAGGAGCGGCAGCAGCUGUUGGAGGGGCAGGUCAGGGCUGCGGAGACUGCGCUGUGGCUGCGCGACGGGAGACGCUCGCCUCGCUGCCUUCCACCUGCGGCCAUUUGCCAAGGGCGGGCUUCGGCGCAGGGCGAGACGCACCCGAGCAGCAGCCGCAGCCGCAGCCGCCUGGACAGCGCUUGGGUGGCGCUUUGCACGGGGGCCGUCCAUGAACAGCAGCGCCGGCUCCGGAGGCGAGAUGGAGGUUGAUAGUGACAAACAGGAAAUAUUCCAGAGGAAGAGGAAUGCUGUCUUGGUGAAUGGUGUCAUUCUGAAUGGCCCAAUAACAGAUUCAAAAGCAGGAGAAAAAUUUGUAGAAGAUGCCUGUAAGAUCAUAAUGGAGGAGGUCAUACAGAAAGCUGCUGAUGUAACAGAGAAGGUUUGUGAAUGGCAGCCUCCAGAAAAACUGAAAAAACUUCUCGAUCUGGAAAUGAGGGAUACCGGAGAGCCGCAUCAGAGACUCUUGCAACUUUGCCAGGACAUUAUUCGAUACAGCGUCAAAACUAAUCAUCCAAGAUUUUUCAAUCAGUUGUAUGCUGGUAUUGAUUAUUACUCUUUAGUGGCUCGUUUCAUUACAGAAGCAUUAAACCCAAGUGUAUAUACAUAUGAGGUGUCCCCCGUGUUUUUGUUAGUGGAAGAAGCAGUCCUGAAGAGAAUGAUUGAAUUCAUAGGCUGGAAAGAAGGUGAUGGCAUAUUUAAUCCAGGUGGCUCUGUUUCUAAUAUGUAUGCUAUGAACUUAGCUAGGUAUAAAUAUUGUCCUGACAUAAAGGAAAAGGGGCUUUCAGGGCUGCCAAGACUGGUCCUGUUUACAUCAGAAGAGUGUCAUUACUCCAUGAACAAGGCAGCUUCUUUCCUGGGCAUUGGCACGCAGAAUGUUUACUUCAUCACAACAGAUGCAAGAGGUAAGAUGAUACCUGAGGAACUGGAGAAACAAGUCCAGCGAGCCAGGAAAGAGGGGGCAGCACCAUUUCUUGUCUGUGCCACAGCUGGUACAACUGUGUUGGGAGCAUUUGAUCCUCUGGAUAAAAUAGCUGAUAUCUGUGAAAAACAUGGUCUUUGGCUGCAUGUGGAUGCAUCUUGGGGUGGCUCAGCUUUGAUGUCAAGGAAGCAUCGUAAGCUUCUGCAUGGCAUUCACAGGGCUGAUUCUGUUGCCUGGAAUCCCCAUAAAAUGCUGAUGGCAGGAAUCCAGUGCUGUGCUCUUCUGGUGAAAGACAACUCUGACCUGCUUAAGAAAUGCUACUCUGCCAAGGCCUCCUACCUUUUCCAGCAGGACAAGUUCUAUGAUGUCAGCUACGACACAGGAGACAAGUCUAUUCAGUGUAGCCGACGACCAGAUGCAUUUAAAUUCUGGAUGACGUGGAAGGCAUUGGGAACUACAGGACUUGAGGAACGAGUAAACAGAGCCCUUGCCUUAGCUAGAUACCUAGUCGAUGAAAUUAAGAAAAGAGAAGGAUUCCAGCUUCUGUUGGAGCCAGAGUAUGCAAACAUUUGCUUUUGGUACAUUCCAUCAAGCUUAAGAAAAAUGGAGGAAGGACCUGAGUUCUGGGAGAAGCUCCAUCAGGUUGCUCCUGUAAUUAAAGAGAGAAUGAUGAAGAAAGGCAGCAUGAUGUUAGGGUACCAACCCCACCGUGGCAAAGUCAACUUCUUUCGCCAGGUAGUGAUCAGUCCCCAGGUGAGCCGUGAGGACAUGGACUUCCUGCUGGACGAGAUCGACUUGCUUGGCAGAGACUUGUAGCUGUAGUUCAACAGCACCAGGCGCUGCUUAUAUGCAUGAUGUUUACAGAUCAAGAAUAUCAGCUGCGUAAAUGGCACCAUCACUACUGUUCUGAGAAGGUGAUGUUUCUGAGAAUGACCUCCUAUAUGCUAAUAAGGCAGGUAUUUGGCAGGUACCAGUGGACAGCCUGGGCCAGAUUGGCCGCUGACAUAAGUGGGCAUGACAUCAUUAACUUCAGUGGAGUCAUGCCUGCUUAUGUCAGCCAUGAAUUUAGCUCAGUGAGUAUUAAAAUCAAAGCACAUCUCUAAUAUGUUAAUAUUUGAGCCUGGCAUGCAUUUAAGGAUAAAGGCCCAGUUGGUGAUUGAACUAGUGGGUCCUGUGGCUCUCUUAAUGAAAGCCCCUAAACCAGAAAAUUUCCCAGCACAAAAUGGGCCCAAUCAGCAUUCGCCCACCCAUAAACCUACCAUGAUUUUAGCAGAGCUGAGAAUGUUGGAAUGGAGAUAGUAUCAUUUUUUUUAACUUUUUGUCAACAGGAGAUGUGUAAACAUUUCUUUAGCAGCUUUAGACGCACGAUAAAAUUUUAAUCAAAAAGUUAGAAAAAUAUAUUUAUCUUAAAGGGGUGUGUUUUAUAUGUAGGGUAGCUAUUCAUUAAGAAUUGAUGUAACAAAGCAUUGUAUUUAUCAUGGUUCCUUAUGAUAUUCCUACAGAUUUUAAAACCGCUAGCUCUCGUGUGAUCAGUGUGUAAUUCUUUUUUGGCAUUAAACUUAAGCUGCUGUAUAAGUUAAAAUUUGUCUGUGAUUUUAGCAUAUGAACAUUGUUAAAAAAUAAGUGAAAUACCAAAAUUAAAUUCUAACCUUUAUAGUUAUUCAGAAUUACAUUAUAUUUAGACAAAUAAUUUUGUGAGUGGUCUAGUUUAAUUUUUUCUAUCUAUAAAAUGAUUCUUUCAAUCAUAAAAACAGAAAUCAUAAACGUAUCUUUUGGUGGGAGUUCUAGCAGUAAAUUUAAGGAAAUGGCCACAUUUUUCACUUCUAACUUGUGACACUAACUUACUUUGAUGUUUUAUUCUUUGUUCCAUAAUCUGUCUUUGAGGAAGCAUUGACCAAUAUGAACUUUUUUGUUGUAAUGUAUUUGUAUUGUUGAAAGCUGACUUUAAAUGCAGUGCUGGAUGUUUUCAUUUCAUGUAUUGUGGUAGUAUCAAGUAUUGUAGAACAUUCCCGUUUUCAGUCUCCAAGAUACCAGUGUGGAAAGUUCGCCAGUAUCAGUCACACUAUCAGAGCAGUAGAUGGGAACAAGAGCUUGAUAGACCACUGCAGAGUAUACGGGGAAUGGAUACUUUUGAGCUAUGGUAAACCAUUAAUAUUAUUGGGGAGUUCUUGAUAAAAGUCAUUGGCAUAACAUAACCCAUUGGUUUUGCCCUGUAAUACUUUACCGGUUCACAUCAUCAAACGCUACCUAUGAUUAAGGCUCCAUGUUUGUCACGGAGGUCACGUGACCUCCGUGACUUCUUCAGCAGCUGGUGUGCCUGGCCCGGGGGCUGCCCGAGACACUCAGGCAGCCCCUGGACCAGGCGCACUGACGGCUGCUGGGGCAGUCUUGGGCCCCCCCCCCCCCC